AGCGGCAAUCCAGCAGAUGUUGGUGCGAAGGGUUUGAUUGUCUCCGAAAAAUCGUUCUCCUGCUGGCUGAGAAAUCGCAACUACAUUCGCAAAUUUAAGUAAAUUAGAUUUAGCUGACACGGUUAUCGGCUGCACUUCGUCCCCCUUCAGGUGGGUGGGUAACUGGUCGUCAUUCAAGAAAUUUUUCAUCCCAUAGACCAGCCGUGGUGGUUGGUGCAGUGAAGGUAAAUCGUGAUAAUCGUGAAUAUUGGCGAUGGACGGACAGAGAGGGCUUGGGGAUGAGCGAUACGCAAGGGUCCGAUGAUUUAACAGAAGGCGACAAUUUCAGUGAACCUUCCGCUUCAACAGACUCUGAUACCUCCGCCGUUUAUGUAUCAUCUGGUAGUAGCUCGUCACUGUCCGAUAAUUCUAAUUGGGAUGACGAAUAUUUAUUCGAUGAUGACGACUAUUUUUUGAACGAAUUAUCACUUCCCAAUUCCUCACAAGAAAAUAUGGAGAACGAAGAUGGGGAUGGAGGCUAUGAUGAUGAUACAGAUGUUGAUGAUGAUGUCCUAAUUCUUGAACCUGGUCAUGAAAAUGAGCAUAACGAAGGUGAAGGUGACAAUCAAGAAGAAGAUGAUGACCAGGAUACGGAUGAUGAGGAGGAUGAAGAUGAACGAGAAGAUGGCGCAGCUCGUGCUGGACCCCCUCCUAGGAAAGUUGCCAAAUUGGAGCCUAAUCUCCAAGUAUUGCCUGGAACCAGUAGUGCUGAAUUCCCCGGAGGAAAUCAGCCGCAGCAGGCCGAGGAGGAUAAAGAUAGUGAUGGUUUUACCUGCACCAUUUGCUAUGACCAAUUUACCAACUCAGGAGAGCAUAGAAUUUCAUGUCUGAAAUGUGGCCACAUAUUUGGAAAAAACUGUAUCGAGAAAUGGUUGAAAAUCCAUGGAAGAUGUCCACAAUGUAAUUGCAAAGCUAAGAAGGGGGAAGUUCGAGUCCUUUAUGUCAAAAGUCUGCAAGCUGUUGAUAAUACGGAUUUAACAGAGGCGAAAAAAGAAUUAGAAAAGGCGCAGAUUACAAUUUCCAAAUGCACACUUGAAUCUGCUAAACAAAAGAUUUCAAUUCAGAGCUUGCAUCAGCAGAUUCAAGUUUUGGAGAAACAAAACGUUCAAUUGAAGCAGAAUUUGAGCUCUAGUGCCGUUACAACGUGUUCCUGUAAUAAUCCAGGCCCUUCUUCAACCAGCCUCAAAAAUAACAAUGCCAAUAAUGCAGGAUUUGGAUCGUUAGGUUAUGACGAUCCAGAAGGAUCCAGCUCACUCCCGGGUUCCCAGAUCGUUCCACAACAGGCUACUUGCAGAAAGCAACUUCGGUACUCUGUUGCAAAAUUUUUUGAAAUAAAAGAAGGAAAUUGUCGCGUUGGUGCAUACAAUGAGUGGAUGAACAUGAUGGUCGUCUCUCACGAUGUGAAAAGCUCAUUGUUUCCAAAUGGAAGCUGCGGAAUAAAGCUCAUCAAUAUGCUCGAGCUACGAGCUAUCUGGUCCAGCCCUAUUCACCAAAAACAGAUUAGAGAUAUGCAGUUUAGCUUAUGUCAAAAUGAUGUUCUCCUCACGGUCUCUUUGGAUAAGAAAGCUACUCUGCAUAACUGUGGUGGAAAUGUUACAGUACACACAUUUCAAACAGAGUACCCCCUGUGGUCUUGCGCCUGGGAUGAAGUUCACUCAGAAAUAUUUUACUUGGGAUGUAGCAACGGAUCAAUUGUCGCCUAUGACAUGAGAUCCAUGAGUGACCCCCUCGCCAUUUAUCCUCAAGGCCAAGAUAAAAGCCCUGUUUGCAGACUUAGAUACGUUAACCCGACCUAUCAGGCCAAUGCUUUCAAUUUGAACGGCCUACUUGUUCAAAAACUGAAUUCCGUUCAAUUCGGCGAAUACCGCGGAGGAAACAUUUCCGAGAUGAGAUUUCACCAGCUUCCGUUGGAAGGCCCUUUCUUCAAUGUGGACUAUGAGAAUGAUUCUCGUCAUAUGUUGGUGUCUACCAGACCGUCUCCAAGAAAUGAUAUCGACCACGGUCGACAUUUACUCUGUGACCUUAAUCAGUGUUAUAGUGAUACACUAGAAAGAAAUGUUGUAACCUCCAAUGUGAUUCAAAUAUAUCAGGGAAGUAGUCGUGACGGACAGAAAAUUAGCCGACCAUCUCUGUUUAGUCCUGAAGAAGAAUAUGUUUAUGUUUUGGCGAACGGUGCACAACAUACGGUCCAAUAUUGGGACGUUUCGUUAUCAGAGGUUAAUCCUACUACUAUCCCACAUACUCCUGACUAUGUAUUAGAUUACACACAUUGUCGUGUUAAUUCAAGUAAUUUUUUGGGAUUGAUUUCUGAAAAGGGCGUUAGAAUUUGUAAUCAAACAUUUGAGUGACAAACUACUUGUAUGUAAGCUAGUGUUCUGCUAUUAAACUGUUAUUAGUUUGGUACAAAACUUUUUUAAUACUUCGUCGAAAUUUAAUUACGGACAAUACAAUGGAUUAGGUCGAAUAUGCAACUAUUAUGGGCAAUGUAUAUUAUGCUUAUUACAUAAAAAAUGGAAUAUUAUGUACAUGUACAAUAUCGUUCAAUCAAUUUCAAUUGAAUACCGUGUGGCUCCGAAUACGCUUACUUUUUUAAAAUGUGAUCUAAAAUGUCACACACUAUGCAAUUAAUAAACUAUGAAACAAUGUGAUUAAUUAA